GGUAGGUUGAGGUGGCCGUGUGGCCUGAGCUGGUGUUGGAUGGAGUGAGCGCGGAGCCGAUCGGUUUCAUGAUUUGUCAGCUGCCUACACCAGACCAAAGAUGACGAAGCUGGGGUUCCUGCGAUUGUCGUAUGAGAAGCAGGAUACUCUGCUGAAGCUGCUCAUUCUGUCCAUGGCUGCUGUACUCUCAUUCUCCACCAGGUUAUUUUCUGUAUUGAGGUUUGAGAGUGUGAUCCACGAGUUUGAUCCGUACUUCAAUUACCGCACCACUCGCUUCCUCACUGAAGAGGGGUUCUACAAGUUCCAUAAUUGGUUUGAUGAUCGAGCCUGGUAUCCACUGGGCAGGAUUAUCGGAGGAACAAUCUAUCCAGGUCUUAUGAUCACUUCCGCUGCCCUCUACUACGUGCUGCACUUCUUCCAUAUCACGGUUGACAUCAGGAACGUCUGCGUGUUUCUUGCUCCUCUCUUCUCGUCUUUCACCACUAUUGUCACUUACCACUUAACGAAGGAACUGAAGGAUGCUGGUGCUGGCUUGUUAGCUGCAGCUAUGAUUGCAGUGGUUCCCGGUUACAUCUCUCGGUCAGUGGCUGGCUCCUAUGAUAAUGAAGGGAUUGCUAUCUUCUGCAUGUUGCUCACAUACUACACUUGGAUUAAGGCUGUGAAAUCUGGCUCUAUCACCUGGUCUGCUAUUUGUGCAAUUGCCUACUUCUACAUGGUUUCUUCUUGGGGUGGUUAUGUAUUCCUGAUUAAUCUGAUCCCACUUCAUGUACUUAUCCUUAUGCUGACUGGACGAUUUUCCCACCGGAUCUAUGUUGCGUAUUGUACAGUAUUCAGCCUUGGAACUAUCCUCUCGAUGCAGAUUUCCUUUGUGGGAUUCCAGCCUGUCCAAUCUUCAGAGCAUAUGGCUGCCUUGGGUGUCUUUGGUCUGUGCCAAAUUCAUGCCUUUGUUGACUACCUACGCAGCAAGUUGAAUCCACAACAAUUUGAGAUCCUUUUCAAGAGUGUCAUCUCUCUGGUGGGAUUGGUCGUUCUGUCUGCAGGAACUGUGUUGAUGCUGACAGGCAAGAUUUCCCCAUGGACUGGCCGUUUCUACUCUUUACUAGAUCCUUCCUAUGCCAAGAACAACAUUCCCAUCAUUGCCUCAGUCUCUGAGCAUCAGCCCACCACCUGGUCUUCAUAUUAUUUUGACCUGCAACUCCUUGUCUUCAUGUUCCCAGUUGGUUUGUACUAUUGCUUCAACAACCUGUCAGAUGCUAGGAUUUUCAUCAUCAUGUAUGGAGUCACCAGCAUGUACUUCUCAGCUGUGAUGGUUCGGCUUAUGUUGGUGCUGGCCCCGGUGAUGUGUAUUCUGUCAGGAAUUGGUGUCUCUCAGGUCCUGUCGACUUACAUCAAGAAUUUGGAUAUCAGUCGUCCUGAUAAGAAAUUGAAAAAGCAGCAGGAUUCCACUUACCCGAUCAAGAAUGAGGUAGCAAGUGGAAUGGUGCUUGUGAUGACCUUCUUCCUGAUAACCUACACCUUUCAUUCUACCUGGGUGACCAGUGAGGCGUACUCGUCUCCCUCCAUCGUUCUGUCUGCCCGCGGAGGUGACGGAAGCCGGAUAAUCUUUGAUGACUUCAGGGAGGCUUACUACUGGCUCAGGCACAAUACUCCAGAGGAUGCCAAAGUGAUGUCGUGGUGGGAUUACGGUUAUCAAAUCACAGCAAUGGCCAAUCGAACCAUCCUGGUAGACAACAACACCUGGAAUAACACUCACAUCUCCAGAGUUGGGCAGGCAAUGGCUUCUCCAGAGGAGAAGGCCUAUGAGAUCAUGAGGGAGCUGGACGUAAGCUACGUUCUGGUCAUUUUUGGAGGCCUCACAGGAUAUUCAUCUGAUGAUAUAAACAAGUUCCUGUGGAUGGUGAGAAUUGGAGGCAGCACAGACACGGGCAGGCACAUCAAGGAGCACGAUUACUACACCCCGACAGGAGAGUUCCGUGUGGAUAGGGAGGGCUCUCCUAUCCUGCUUAACUGUCUGAUGUACAAAAUGUGUUACUAUCGUUUUGGUCAAGUCUACACAGAAGCAAAACGCCCGCCUGGAUACGACAGAGUGAGGAAUGCUGAGAUUGGGAACAAAGACUUUGAGCUUGAUGUUCUAGAAGAGGCAUACACCACGGAACACUGGCUGGUCCGCAUAUACAAGGUGAAAGAUUUGGAUAAUCGAGGUCUCUCAAGAACGUAAAAGACGCACAGCAGCCAUGAGUGAAAGCAGCACUGAGGCCUUGUCCUGUGAAGAAGAGCUGUAUUUUUUUUUUUUACGUACACUAGUUUGGGAAUAAAGGAGGAGAUUGGAGAGUUUGUUUACAUGUUGCUUCCUAUCUGCAGCAAUCUGGCUGAAAUGUCCAAUUGGGUGAUGAAUGAUUGGUGGUGAGUGACCAAAACAUUACAUUGACUUAAGUUCUAAAGUGGUCAAAUAAAGGGUUCAAAUGGA